CUAGAAACAACAUAAAUUUAAUGUUUCUUGCCCAAAACUCACCUUAUUUUAUUCUAAUCUGCGUUUCAUGCAUCCGAAGCUUUGAAAAAGAAUAUUAAUAUAAUAUGCCUUAUCAGGUAACCAAGUAUCACUGUAGUUCUGUUAAAAUGUAAUUGUUUUCUUUAUCAUGUUUGCCCGCGCUGGUUUGAGCGGCUCUGCUACAAAUGUCAGAAAUACGUCUGUAAAUAGCAACAAGAAAGCACGACCUAAAUCUGAUACAACUGCUACUACAUCAAGAACAACCCGCACGAAGAAGCAGCAGCAGCAGGGAAAGCCUGUUGAAAAACAGAGCGAUGAGGUAGAAGAUGAAUGCUCAGUAACUCCAGCACAGAUUCUCGAAAAUGCCCAAGAGAAAGAUUGUAAUAAAGUGUUUGAAAUAAACUUCCAUGCUCAGAAGUUGAAGAAAAUCCCAAACCUUAAACAGUUCACCAAAGUCAGGAUAUUGGAUUUAUCUUGUAAUGCAAUCCCAAAUAUUACUGGAUUAGAAACCUCUAGUGAAUUAAAGGAGCUGAAGCUUUAUUCAAAUAAGAUUGAAGAAAUUACUGGGAUGGAAAGGCUUAAAGAACUACAAGUGCUUCUCUUACAACAUAAUAGAAUCAAGACAAUUGGUAAAGGAUUACAAAGUGUGAGAAAACUAAAGAUCCUAAGACUGGAUAGUAACUUGCUAUCGAGUAUUGAUCACCGUGAGAUUGGAUGCUGUGGUCAGCUUGCUGUGUUAGAUAUCAGUAAUAACAGGCUCACUGAUAUUUCUGCUAUUAAUUCCUUGACAACUCUAGAGGAACUUGAUGCUGCUGCUAAUCAACUCACUAAGAUACCUGUUGUCAGUAGAUGUAGACAUUUACAAGAACUAGAUUUAUCAAGAAAUCAGAUUCAUGAUCUGUCUGGUCUACAGGGCCUUGUGAACCUCAAUAUCCUUCACCUUGAGAACAAUCAGGUUACAUCAUUUAAUUCAGUGGGGAAGCUAAGGAAUUUGCAAGAGCUGUAUGUUUCACACAACAGAGUUUCAUCCUUAAAGGACAUUAAUCAGCAGUUCCCUUCUCUAGAAGUUCUUAAUGUUUGCCAUAAUUUAAUUGCAUCUUUAGAUGACUUUUCUCCUCUGACAGAGUCAAGUCUCAUUGAGCUGUCUGUUUUAGGGAACCCGUGCAUUAGAAUAGAAGAUGCUGGGUAUCAUCAGCAGCUUCAUAAGAUGAUUCCUUCUCUUGAAAUGAUAGAUGGAAUAUCAUUAAAGAGGCCGCCCUCUUCCUGUGGUAAAGCCAAACCAUUAAUGAGACCGCUAUCUGCUUCUCAAGUGCUGAGCUCCCGGCAGGUCGAAGAGCAGCUUAAAGCUGCAAUAUUUGAACAGACAUCAUUUGAAGAAUCAAUUGCUAAAAGAUAUAGCUCCAUGAAAGAUUUAAUUGACUCUCUCCCUGCUCAGCUGCCAAAAACAUUGACCCUAUUUGACCAAGAACCAGCUUUUGAUCAAGACGUGGAGUCAAUAUCAAGCCCUGAGAGACCUGACACUGCUGGGGAAUCCAGGCCGGUCAGCAGAUGCAGCAAUCGAUCAAGAAUAGCCCAAGCAAAAGCUUUUGCUCUGGAACAUUUCAAUUCUUCCUGAACUAUCGCAUAUCAGCUGCCAGCACAAGUAGUAUUAAGAGUGUUAUAUAUAUAUUAAAAUAUUUUAACAACUA